AGUUUUCAUGUGAUCCACACACACACAUAAAAUACACAUCCCAUCCCUAAAAUAGCCAUAAAUAAAGGCAGCUUGUCGGAAUACAUUUUAGUAUUUGGAGAUUGACCAAAUCUCCUCUCAUCUCAUGCGGAACCCUCCAUCUCCAUCUUCGUUUUCCAUCUCUUCUUCUCUUCUGGAUGGAUGCAAACUCACAUUCUGUUUCACCAGAAUUAUCUCUGCUAACUAACAAUUUGGCUAUUCCCCAAACUAGAUUCUCUCCUUCGUGUGCUUUAUGUCAUACACUGUUCAUAUCAGAUAAUAAUGAGCCUGCUAACUUUGAAGCAAUAAAUAUAUUUGAUGAUUGUAAAUUCUUACUCCUGGAGGAUCUUGGGACACCCAUGCGAGAUUAUCAAACUAGAUCCUGGAUUGAGUCUAGGAGGUCGAAGAGGGUUCAUUCCGAUGCUGAAAGUGAUGGUGUUGAUUCUCUCUUUGAGGAGACUGAAUCCAUCACUGGAUAUAGGAACAUUAAUAGAGCCUAUGGAGGGAACUUUGAUGCUUCUGUUGAUGGUAAUACUUACGUUGAUAAUGAUCAUUCUUCUGGGAGUGACUUUGAGACUCAUACUGAUAUUGACCCCAUGCACGCUGGUAUCUAUAAUUGGAACUCUCAUAAUGAAUAGGAGGAGUUUGAUACUGAUGCACAACACUAUGUGGGUGCUAUAGAUCAGCUAUACCCAAUCCUCGAAAUCUCUCUUAUGAAUUUCUGGGUACAGUUCAUAUCAGAUCUCCCGAGUGCAAUCAAAGAUUUGUUCCUGAGUUAGAACAAUUCCAACAGACUGACUAUCUUGAUUGAAGAGGAGCCCACCCACAACUGUCUCUGUUUUAAAUGAUCUGUGGUGCUUCCUUGUUAAAGAAUACCAUAAACAGCUGGAUAGUUUGUCUUGUGCAAUCUGCAAGGAUUCUCUUUUUGUUGGCACAGUUGCAAACCAACUUCCUUAUUCUCACUUGUAUCACUCCUCCUAUAUUUUCCUUGGCUAGUGUCAAGAAACUCGUGCCCCCUCUGCCCUUAUGAACUUCCAACUGAUGACCUGGAUUAUGAGCACAAAAAGCAAAGGGCCAGUAAUUUGGUGAUAUAUCAAAGGUUACAGUAGAACAGAAUAAGGAGAAGUAAUCUAUAAUGAGGCUGUCAAUCACCAAUUUGGUCGUGAGAGUGCACGAGGAAAAUGGUUUC